CGACCGCACACCGCCUGCCACCGCCCCUCAACCCAGCCGACGUCCCUGUCGAUUCAUCAUCUGAUCUCACUCGGAUCCGCCUGCUUGUCCCUAUCCCUGCCAAACCAACGACGCCGCCAUGGACUUGGAUCUGUACGACGAAUUCGGCAACUACAUCGGCCCCGAGCUCGAGGACGAGGACGAGAAUGUCCAUCCCGAGGCCGAUAUCGGAUACGUCCCGGACGACCAGAAUCUGGAUCAGCCUGAGGACGACAACGGCCAUGACCAGAGCUCCACCGCUCUCAUGCAGAUCGAUGAUGCACCUGUCCAGAGCCAGAUCGUCCUCCAUGAGGAUAAAAAGUACUACCCCACGGCCGAGGAGGUGUAUGGUCCAGACGUCGAAACCCUCGUCCAGGAGGAGGAUACCCAGCUUCUGACCGAGCCCAUCAUCGCUCCUGUCAAGAAGGCCAAGACCUACGUUCUCGAGAAGAAUUUGCCCGAGACAAAGUUCAACAAAGAGUUCCUGGUCGAUCUCAUGGGCUUCCCCAACUUGAUCCGCAACGUUGCCGUCGUGGGGCACCUCCAUCAUGGCAAGACCGCAUUUCUGGAUAUGCUCAUCAACGAGACACACGAUAUGCAGUGGGAUGUCGAAAACCCAACCCGCUACACCGACGUCCACACCCUCGAGCGGGACCGCGGCAUGAGUAUCAAGAGCAUCCCGAUGACUGUUGUGUCGCAAGAUUUGACUGGGAAAUCCUAUCUGCUGAACAUGUUUGAUACCCCUGGCCAUGUCAACUUCUCCGACGAAGUGUCCGCUGCGCUUCGGAUUGCCGACGGCGCCAUCCUGGUUGUCGAUGCCGUCGAGGGUGUCAUGUGCCAAACCGAGCGUCUCAUCCGCCACAUCGUCUCCGAGAAAGUGGCUCUGACAUUGGUCAUCAACAAGGUCGACCGCCUCAUCCUGGAGCUCAAACUGCCUCCCACCGAUGCUUACUUUAAGCUCAAGCACACGAUCGAGGAAGUCAAUGCCAUCCUGGGAGCCUGCAGCAACAACGAACUCCGCGUCUCGCCCGAGCUCGGCAAUGUCUGCUUUGCAUCGACACAGUAUGGCUGGUGCUUCUCUCUCAAGUCCUUUGCAAAGAUGUAUGCCGACAACUUUGAGAGCUUCGACGUCGACGCCUUUGCCCUCCGGCUCUGGGGCGAUAUCUAUUUCGACGCGCAGAAGCGGUCGUUCCGACGCAAACCCACCGACUCGGCCAACAAGCGCACCUUUGUGCACUUCAUUCUCGAGCCCUUGUUCAAGAUCUAUUCGCAGGUCAUUGGAGAGGACAGCGCAGCGCUGAAGCAGACUCUGGGCAGCCUCGGCAUCCACCUCAAGCCCAACCAGUACGGCAUCAACGUGCGGCCGCUGCUCUGGCUCGUGUGCGGCGAGUUCUUUGGGAACUCGAGCGGACUUGUCGACAUGCUCGUCAAGCACGUCCCCUCGCCCGCGGAGAACGCAGAACGAAAGAUCUCGCACAUCUACACCGGCGACCAGGACGGACCCAUUGCAAACGCCAUGAUCAACUGCGACCCCAACGGUCCUUUGAUGAUCCACAUCGUGAAGCUGUACAACUCGGAGAACAUGUCCCAGUUCGAGGCCUUUGGUCGCAUCAUGAGCGGCACAAUCUCAACGGGCCAGAGCGUCCGCGUUCUUGGUGAGGGCUACUCGCCAGAAGAUGAGGAGGACAUGGCAGUGCAGACUGUGGGCUCGCUGGCGGUCUUCCAGUCGCGCUACAAGAUCAAGGUCACCAGCGCCUCGGCCGGCAGCUGGGUGAUCAUAUCCGGCAUCGACAACUCGAUCAUCAAGACGGCCACAGUCACAUGCAACACCAAGAGCGACGACGAAGUCCGCAUCUUCCGCCCUCUGCACUUCAACACCGCGCCUGUGCUGAAGGUUGCGGUCGAGCCCGUCAACCCCACGGAGCUGCCCAAGAUGCUGGACGGCCUGCGUAAAAUCAACAAGAGCUAUCCGCUUGUCCAGACCCGCGUCGAGGAGAGUGGCGAACACAUCAUCCUCGGCACAGGCGAGCUGUAUCUGGACUGCGUCCUGCACGACCUGCGCCGGCUGUACUCGGAGAUCGACAUCAAGGUGGCUGAUCCCGUCGUGCGCUUCUGCGAGACGGUUGUGGAGACGUCGUCGCUCAAGUGCUUUGCCGAGACCCCGAAUAAGAAGAACAAGCUGACAAUGAUUGCCGAGCCGCUGGAGAAGGGCAUCGCCGAGGACAUCGAGAACCUGGUCAUCGACACCAAGUGGACGGCCAAGAAGCUUGGCGAACACUUUACCAGCAACUACGGAUGGGAUAUUUUGGCCGCCCGCAAUAUCUGGGCCUUUGGACCGGACGAAUACGGACCCAACAUCCUUGUCAACGACACGCUGCCAGCCGAGACCGAUAGGCAGCUGCUUUUGUCGGUGCGCGACUCUAUCCGACAGGGCUUCCAAUGGGGCACCCGCGAGGGCCCACUCUGCGACGAGCCGAUCCGAAAUGUCAAGUUCCGGGUUUUGGAUGCUGCUUUGGCAAGCGAGCCCAUCUACCGCGGUGGCGGUCAGAUCAUCCCGACCGCCCGCCGUGUCUGCUACUCUUCGUUCCUGAUGGCCACACCGCGGCUGAUGGAGCCCGUCUACUAUGUCGAAGUCCAGGCUCCGGCCGACUGUGUGGCUUCUGUCUACAGCGUCCUUGCUCGGCGAAGAGGACAUGUCACCCAGGAUAUCGCCAAGGCCGGCUCCCCGCUCUACACCGUCAAGGCGUACAUCCCUGUGAUCGACUCGUGCGGCUUCGAGACGGACCUGCGAACGCACACGCACGGACAGGCCUUCUGCCAGCAGGUCUUUGAUCAUUGGCAGAUUGUCCCAGGCGACCCGCUUGACAAGUCGAUUGUCCUGCGGCCUCUGGAGCCCUCGACGGCCCAGCACCUUGCGCGCGACUUUAUGAUCAAGACACGAAGACGCAAGGGCCUCAGCGAGGACGUUGCCAUCACCAAGUUCUUUGACGAUCCCAUGCUUCUCGAGCUGGCCAAGGUCGAUGGCGGACUGUUUGGACUCUAGCGGCCCUCGGCUUUGAGUGAUGUGGGCAUGCAUGGAUACCGCUUGUAUCCGCCGGUGGUGGUGGUGGAUGUCGGACCGGGCGGAGUGUGAUUCGGGUCUCGCAG